CUCACCGCUCUCCACAUUGCUGCACUAUUGACCGUCGCUGCGCCACCCUCACCAUCGUUGCUGCGCCGCCCUCACCACUGUCAUCACCCCCAAAUCAGAGAAAAAGCGUUUGCCAUCACCACUCACCACUCACGGCAUCACCAUUCACCACUCGAGGAAGACUCUGCGCUCACUCAUCUUCCCCACUCAUCUUCAUCGUUGCUUCUCUUCGCUGCGCGGUCACAUCACAAAGAUUCUGCGCUCAACUGAAAGCUUUCUUCAUUCGCGAGCGCAGGAGAACCCGUGAAUUUAGGGGUUUUAUUCCGUUAACACAGGUGAGUUUGGCCAUGAUUAGUUGAUGCAUAGGAAUUGUUCACACAUUGUAUGUAGCCCUCCAUCGUCAUCUGUAGCAGCAGCAACAACAGUCAUGGGCAGUGGUAAUGGUGUUCGUAUAAUUAGGAACGAAAUCUCCAAAUGGUGCUCCCUAAUCACCACUCGCACCAACCAGCUCAAACAAGACUCUGUUAAUUCCGUUGCAAAAUUCCACAAUCACCUAUUUACUUCCAUCCUCAAUCUUCCGCCUCCUCCUCUUUCCUUUCUGGUUAAUGGAGACGGUGGAAUGAAGUAUCCGAUUUGGAUGUGCGUUGUGGCUCUUGUUUUGUUUGUGGGAGUGAGAGCAUUUGCAGAGAGAGUAUUAUCCGAAAGAAACCACCGCCCUGGCUCCGUAGCUGAUCUUGUCAGGCGUGGCCAACUCAGAUCAGAUAGAAGAGGCAUGAUCAUCCUGAGCAAAUUGGACUGGACUUGCUACAAGUUGCAUGAUAGCCUGUGCCUGCAAAUCAAAUUUGCCUCCAUUGGAAUGUGCAAUUUGUUUGGAUUUAAGGCCAGGCAUUAUACUAGAACAUCAUUACCUACCUUAUCAGGGGAUAGAUUUUUCUGGUUUAGGGAUGAGGAAUUUGCUAGACAGACUGUUGCUGGCCUCAACCCACUUAGCAUAAGUUUGGUGGAGUUAUUCGUGGUUAAGAUUGAAGGCAAAAGUGGUUGGUUAAGGUCUUUCAAGCAGAUUUUGUCAAAACGUUGAUCGCGUCAUAGCAAGGGUAACAAUGAAGAUUAAGCAAUGAAGAUUAAGCUGACUAUUAUUGUGGUUUAUUGGCUAAGAUAAAGUGCUAUUUAGAAUCUUUACAUGUAUGGUUGACUAAUGACUUUUAUUAGAAGAUACUUUUAUUGGCUAAGUGAUAUUAUGAUUUUCAUAUGGCUAUGCUUACUUUAGUGCGAGAUGUAUGAAUUUUUACAGUUAACUUUAUUCUAGUACUUUUGGAUCAAUAUUAUAAAUAUAUUUUGGUUAGAGAUAAUUUUUAUUAUUUAAAGAAAUUAU